AAUACCUAUAUUUAAAAAACAAUAAUGAGAUUUUAAACAUCAAGUCCUAAAAAAACAAUUAUUUUACAAAAAUGUAAAAUUUUCAACUCGCUAUAUCUCACGUUCAACGUUAAAUAUAAACUAUACGUGCUUAUCAUAAAAAAAAAUGUACAACUAAUCCUAUGAAAAUUUGAAACGAGAAUUUUUCAAUAAUCCUUUAAUUUAUAACGAAACUUAGUACGGUAAUAAAAUGCUUUUAAGUGCUUUUUUGACUUUGCUUUUAUGCCAAAAGGCCGUAUUGGCGUUAAAAUGCUAUAGAUGCAUUUAUGCGGUCAAUUACAACGAUUGGGACAUAUCUUGCCUCCCUAACCAUUUCGACGAACUAUUUGAACAAGACAAUUUAGUAGAAUGUCACCCUGGAGAACGAUGUUCCAUUUUGAGAAUCGAAAAUUAUAAAGAUACCUAUGCUAAUCGACCUCUGGUGUUUGCCAGAGGUUGUUGGAGUAAUUCUAUGUUAGAAAAUGUAGAAUUCAGUACUAGUUCCAAAGGUAUUAAUUAUUAUCAGCACAGCUGUCUCACAGAUAAAUGCAAUAUUGGAAAUGGGUAUGAAACAGCAGAAUCCCACAAUGCUGAGGAAAUUGAAUGGACUUAUGGGGGAGGGAAGUCAUUAAUAAAGCCUCAUAGUGUCCUACUGGAAAUUGUAGUACUUGUUUUAAUCAACUACAAAGUAUUUGCAUGUUAACGAAUUGUUUGUGAAGCAAAGUCCUUUUAAUAAUAAAAAAUGAUUUAUUUUAAA